AUGAGAGGGAAAGGUGUACGUUUAGAAGCCGAGUUCCGGUUUGGUAAAUGCCUAAGGGUCGGGCGAGUAUUGGUAUUGAGCUUGACUUUCAAAACUCUUUUUUGCCCAAGCGGCGGUAGGAGUCGCAGAACUUUCAAAACCCGAUACUCCUCGUCGAAUAGAGGGCGAGCUCCGUGCGUGAGAAGCGACUAA